AUGAAGUCAUCCAAUCAAGCAGCGGGCCGCAAGGGCAUUGCUACGCCAUCUCUCGAUCGUGCUCAGAAAGCUGAGCAUCUCCGGUCGAGUAAAGCACAGGGCGUCAGCAAACUCGCCAAAGUCUUCAAGAAGCACCAAUUUUUCCUCAGGACUCCGAUCCUCAAGGAGUCCGAAAAAGAUCAAAGACUUAUGUUGAGAGAACGUAAGCUUAUCGCUGCAUCACCGCCAACAGUCGACGUCAGCCGUACAUGCACCGGCAAGAAGACGCGUUCCGAGGUCCAAGAAUUUCAUCAAAGUCGCGUAGAAGCAACUGAUGCAAGUGCUCAAGCACGCACGGAGAUCGAUCCUCAUGACAGCCAAGUCAAGAUCGUUCAUCUCGGGAAGUACACUACAAAGAUACCAACCUUCCCACACGUGUUGACCGACUUGAGCACCAUCAUCGCCACGCUGCACUUGUAUCCUCAGGUUGAGGUAGACAUGGAGGCUGGAGUGUACGGGGUUCUGCGAAUUCGGUCCUUCAAGAAGGGGAUUUGCGACCCUGAUUACAAGGCGCUUGCUAAGACCGCGUCGGCUCGUCACAGGGCGGCUAUUCGCUGGCAAAAUAGGCAACAGAAAGCCUAA